AUGCAACUCCCUGCAUCUCUAGCACUAUUUAUUAUGGUGGCGGCUCCGGCCCUAGCGGCCAGGCCUUUCUUCGACGAGCCAGAUACCGGCCUGGAGACCUUCCUCACCGGCGAGGGUAGUACCUGGGAGCCGGGUACUCUGCCCAACCUGCGCGACAUCCGGUCCCUCGCCGACUUCCAGUUCGCUGCUCGCCAGGUCCUAAAAGGUGACCACUACGCGUACUACAGGUCAGGCGCCGGCCAGGAGGGCAGCUAUCGCAACAACCUCGAAGUCUGGGACAAGAUUCCCUUCCGCCCUCGAGUGAUUCGUCCAGUGACGCAGUUAGCCCACAGCUUUUCGCAUAGUAUCGAAAUCUUCGGCUACAACUUUAGCGCGCCGUUUUUUAUCGCCCCCGCUGCGGACGCUUCACACGCCGACCCAGUCCGCGCUGAGCUUAACUUCAUGGAAGCCUCCGGCGACAACGAGAUCCUUUAUAUUACAAUCGAAGAGCUUGAUGCCGUUAAGCGGAACAACACCCGCAACGGUCGCCAGGUUAUUUUCCAGCAGAUCUACACCAACAACAACCUCUCAGCCACCUGGGACGCUAUCCGCCGUGCCGAAGCCACCGGCGCCAGGGCAAUUGUCUGGACGGUAGAUAACCCCGGCACGGCUUCCCGCGUUCGUGCCGCGCGAUACAAGGAUGCCGACUUGUAUGAUUGUCCCCAGGAGAAUCUCACAUCCAGCACUCGUCCUAACACUUGGGAAACCUACCAGGAGAUGAAGACCAUCACUAAACUCCCCAUUAUUCUCAAGGGUAUCCAGUCGGUCGAGGAUGCUCGUGAAGCCAUACGUGCCGGCGCCGAUGGCAUUUACCUCUCCAACCACGGCGGCCGCCAACUAGAAGGUGCCCCAUCCGCCGUUGAGAUUGCUUAUGAGAUAUACCGCAACGAUCCCGAUAUUUUCCAGAAGAUUGUUGUCCUUGCCGACGGCGGUGUUCGAUCUGGUUCUGACGCUCUGAAGCUCCUUGCAUUUGGUGUCAAGGCGGUUGGUCUUGGCCGACCGUUCAUGUUUGCUAACUGCUACGGUUACGAUGGAGUGGACAAGGCUAUCAAACUGUUAAAGAAUGAGAUUGUUCAGGAUGGCUGGAAUGUUGGGAUUAACUCCAUUGCCGACCUUGGCGUUCACUUCAAUUUCCUCGGGAUCGGCGUAACUGGAUUUUAUACAGCCAUCCCACAGCCCGACGUGACUGACCGCGGCUUCCUUCUGGAGUUCUCCAUGGCAGUGGCCAAGGAAAAUUCUCUAAUUACCCCGCACCUCAUCAGAUUGAUUGCAACGGCGCUGAAGCCUAAACGGGACGACGAUGAUGGUCCACCAGGAGCCGCGGCAUCCUCACUUAGCCAGCCUUCAGCUUUGGACAGAGCCCCUUCCGCGGAACAUCGCACGAUAUCGGAUUUUUCAUUAUUGCCACCCGCCUCGUUCGUCAACCGCACGAAAUCGCCUAAUCGCCAUGCUGAGCCGCUCGGCCUCCGCGUCCUAUACAAACCCCAUCAUGAUAGGACAGCGGACCUAAUCUUUGUUCAUGGUCUUGGGGGUUCUUCUCUAACGACGUGGGCCUGGAAGGGCGACCCAACGAGACUCUGGCCUCAAGAAUGGCUCCCACAAGAGCCAGAGGUCAAAGCUGCGCGAGUUUUGACCUUCGGCUACAACGCAAAUUAUCUCUCGCAGGAUAGGAACACUUUCAACAUAUCCGACUUUGCGAAGGAUCUACUUUUGCAGAUGAAAUUUGGUACUGAUUCCGAUACACAAUCGCUGGGCAUUGGUGAGGUCAUCCUGGUCCAGGCGUAUAUUCUAGGAGCCGUCGAUGCCGAGUUCAAAGACCUUGUCCAAUCCGUUCGCAGCAUCGUGUUUCUUGCAACUCCGCAUCGGGGCAGCGGCCUGGCUGAAGUUCUCUCAAAACUUUUGUCGAUCUCCUUACACUCUCCUAAGGAUUACAUUGGAGAUCUGAUUAGGAAUUCCCCGCCAAUAUCUGAUAUCAAUGAACAGUUUCGUACCUAUGCUGGGAAGCUUCAGAUUGUCUCCUUCUUUGAGACACACCCUAUGCUUAUCGGACUUAAGAAAGUUAUGGUGGUUGAAAGAGAUUCUGCAACCCUCGGCUACCCAGGCGAGAUUACCUCACCUCUAAACACUGACCAUAGAAAUAUUUGCAAGUACAAGUCACGGGAUGAUGAGAGUUACAAGACGGUUCGUAACGUGAUCUUGGCCGUGGUGAAGACAUUCAAAUCAGAAGAUCGAAAAUCGCACGAGGAUUCUGCGCUAGUUGCCAAAGCCUCGAGUAGUGCCCUUGACGAGAUUUUCAUGCGAUUGUCGGUCCCGAGAUGGUCGAAUUCAGAUGUUGAGGAGUUACUUGAGGACUACGUCCAGGGAUCCUCCGAAGCGCUGAGCCCUGAAUUCCAAGAUAUUCUCAACUUGAAAUACACCAUUAAAAGACUUUGUGGCGAUUUCGUCGUGAUUGAUAAGCGAAACACCGUCACGAUCGUCCAUCAUACCGCCAAGGAAUUCCUGACGAAGGAAUCAACAAGCAUUCUUAGGGUGCAAUCAGAUAUCUCCAACCAAACGGUGUUCGAGAAAUGUCUUGAGAUACUCUCUGGGUCUCAGUUCCGAGUGCUUCUUAAGAGCCAAGGCGGUGUUGGCGGCCUCCUGCGCUACUCGUGCCUCUUCUGGUCAUACCACCUCGUAUGCAGCGAUGAGUUAACGCUUCGGGCCAAUGUACUCAAAAGGGUUGCAGACUUCUUCAGAAGUAAGGCCUGUUUGAGCUGGAUUCAUGCUGUCGCAUCCACUGGGCGCAUCGGUGCGCUGGUUGUCACCGCCAAGGACCUGAAUAGUUAUCUUAAUCGGUACAGGGUUGCCAAUGCCAGCGACAAUCCCCUCUCUCAACCACUGAAGGAAAUCGAGUUCAUUGGCAAUAUGGCUACGGAGUUGGUACGGAUCGUGGGGAAAUUCGGCGUACACCUAUUUCGCUAUCCUACAUCCAUCUACAGCGUAGUGCCUCUCUUCUGUCCUCCAUUGUCCAUUUUCGGCCAAUACUUCUCUGCUCCUAGCACCAAUCCCGCGUGGCCCAAAAUUUCUGGUCUUUCUGCUACAACAUGGGAUGACUCUCUAGCAAAAUUACCUCUUGGUCAUGGGCAAAGGCCUAAGAGAGUGUACUGUCGUGGUGGCCAUUUCGCGAUUUUGUCGUCUGAUAAAGCCGUGAGAUUAUACCAGUCGUCGACUUUUCAAGAACAGCACCGGUUUACCCAUAAUGAAUUCCUUCUCGUGGCACAGUUUAACCGCGAGGGAGAUAAACUUGUUAUGUGCGGUAUCAGGACGAUAAAGGUCUGGGAAAUCCGGUCUGGCGCGAACUCGGCCGAGUUUCCCAACCUAGCGGGAAGCAAAAUCGUGGGUGGCCGAGACGGCCGUUGGCAGGAAUCCUUCGGCCAUGCCACACGACUUGCUUGGAAUCCGGCGACUGAGCAUGUGGUCGGCAUAAACCAAAACGGCAUAAUAUUCAAGUGGUAUCCCCUAGAUCUGGAACGGCUGGAGAUGGAUAAGUCUCCAAUCGCGGCAGAAAUUGCCUGUAGCCCGAAUGGGAAGUUCAUCGUCUCCGAUCAACGUGACGGCUCCUUAAAGGUCUUUGCCUUUGACAACUUCAGCAUUCUAUACAGCCUCACGUGCGCGUCACCACCCGCAGCUCUCACUGUUAGCAGCGAUGGACGCCGCAUCUAUGACCUCCGGCGAUCUUUUUGUAACGUUUGGGAGCCCAAUGCACUCACGCGCAUGGCCGAAGAGGACGAGAAAACGAGUGAUACGCCCAGCGCUUUAAACAAGACGUCUGUGAAUAUGCCACUCGACGCCUCCGAGGAUACCACAAGCUCAAAAGAUCCUGUAUCUGCAUUAGUUGGCGCCGGGGUGGGCGAAGCAUAUGCCUUUGGCAGUAACAGCGGAAACCUCACUUACGUACCUGGAUCCGGUGUCGAACCAGUCAUUGCUUCUUGCGGCUCGCUUGAUAUCAUCUCUAUGUCUAUGGAUAUAAGCGGGUCAAUCGUGGCUGUCGCUACUCUCGACAAGGCAAUUUCCGUCUACCAAUUCGAAGGGUACGCUGGCAGCAUCAACGCCUUCAACCCAGCUCCUCCCUGGAGCAGUCGCGGCGCAGAUUAA